UGUGUUCUUACUACCUUCACUGGUUCGCGUCAUUAAACUUAUGAGCAUGGGUAUGUAGGUAAUUUCAAUUCAUUCAGACUCUCACUCAAAAGUAUGCUCCACUUUCAUGAAGUAACGUACAGUUUUAUCCGUUAAACGCAGCUGGUGGGUGGUGAGCUCUCUGUGUGCUUAGAGAGAGAGAGAGAGAGAGAGAGAGAGAUGCAGAUCUUCUCCUCUUGCCCUAAAUCUCAGUUCCUUCUCUUUUCUCCAUCUCCGAGCUCUGAAUCCUCCAAAUUCAACUGCAGGAUUCCAAUAAAAAACGUCCGAUCUAUUCGUUAUUCAAGGGAGUCGGCUCCAGCUCUCGAAGAAAAGCGCCUGAAUGCUGAAUCACCAGACGACGAAGAAACCAAUAAAGAUAGCGAAAGACGGAGUACGAGAUCCGCCAAAGAAUCUCCGGAGGGGUUACUUGUAAUUCGUAGGCCUACUGUGGAGUCCUCUGGAGAAGAAACCGAUGCUUAUUCGAGUGGGGCUGUUAAGGGAGCUGAGGCAGACGCAGAGGCAGAGGCAGAGGCAGAGGCAGAGGGAGAGGAAGAGGAAAGAUUAUCUUCCUCACCUAUUGAUGCUCCACUUUCUGAAUUAGCAAAGAAGCUUCCAAUGUUUGAGCCAAAGAGUGUUGAAUUGAGUACUAAGGUGAAGCCACUUGGUGUGAAUUUGGAGCUGGCACUGUACAGAGCGAAGGUUUUGGCUAGGAAAUUUCAGUUUGAAGAAGCAGAGAGAAUCCUCAGGCAGUGUAUAACGUUCUGGCCAGAAGAUGGACGGCCGUAUGUAGCCCUAGGGAAGGUUUUAACUAAGCAAUCGAGAUAUGCUGAAGCUAGAAAAACUUAUGAAAGAGGUUGUCAGGCUACCCAAGGAGAAAAUCCAUACAUCUGGCAGUGUUGGGCUGUUCUGGAAAAUAAAAUGGGAAACAUAAGGAAAGCGAGAGAGUUAUUUGAUGCUGCUACUGUUGCCGAUAAGAGACAUGUUGCAGCCUGGCAUGGAUGGGCAGUUCUGGAGCUAAAGGAAGGAAAUAUCAAGAAAGCUAGGCAUCUUCUUGGUAAAGGUCUUAAAUACUGUGGUGGAAAUGAGUACAUAUACCAGACUCUUGCGUUACUUGAAGCUAAAGCUAAUCGGAUCGAGCAGGCUCGGUACUUAUUCAGGCAGGCCACUAGGUGUAAUCCCAAAAGCUGUGCCAGUUGGCUUGCAUGGGCACAAUUAGAGAUGCAGCAGGAGAAUGACCUUGUUGCUAGAAAACUAUUUCAGGAAGCUGUCCAGGCUAGUCCCAAAAACAGGUUUGCCUGGCAUGUAUGGGGAGUUUUUGAGGCUAAUCUGGGCAACAUUGACAAAGGAAGGAAACUUCUACAGAUAGGCCAUGCACUGAAUCCAAGAGAUCCUGUUCUUCUUCAAUCUCUUGCUUUAUUGGAGUACAAGCACUCAUCUGCAAAUCUUGCUCGAGUAUUGUUCAGGAGAGCAUCUGAACUGGAUCCAACACAUCAACCAGUGUGGAUAGCUUGGGGGUGGAUGGAGUGGAAGGAAGGAAACCUAGGCACAGCAAGGGACCUAUACCAAAGAGCAUUGUCAAUUAACUCAACAAGUGAAAGUGCCGCCCGUUGCCUUCACGCAUGGGGUGUUCUAGAACAGAGAAUUGGUAAUCUAGCAGCAGCCCGGAGAUUAUUUAGGUCCUCACUCAACAUUAAUUCUCAGAGUUAUGUAACAUGGAUGACAUGUGCAUCUCUGGAGGAGGAGCAAGGAAAUUUUGUGCGUGCUGAGGAAAUUCGGAACCUUUAUUUCCAACAGCGUAUAGAAGUUGUUGAUGAUGCUUCAUGGGUUAUGGGGUUCCUAGACAUCAUUGAUCCAGCUCUCGACAGCAUUAAAAAACUAUUGAAUUUGGAGAACUCAUAUUUUAAGGGGAAAAAUUCUUUGAAAGACAUUACACGAACUAACAGAGAUAGUGUCGACGAAGGGUCAAUAGACCGUUCCUCUAAUCGUAAUAAUGGGGAAACUGGAGAAGAAGAGCAGGGUCUUACUUCAAGCAGUUUUGAUUUGGAUACUUUUAUUAGGGAGAAAUUGCUUCUUGAUGCAUCAAAACUGGAUAGUCAGAUGGAAUCAUCAGCAAUAUCUGAGUCUAAGAAUGUUAGAUCUUCCAGGAAGGUAUUUAGAUCAGAAAACAGAUCUUCCUGACUAGACGGUUUAUUGAGUAGUUGCUAACUUUCUAUUGGUAUGAAGAGAAACUCUAAAAGCGAGCAGAAAAGUCAUGUCAUUGUCCAAGCAUUAUCACUGGUGUUGAUAAUUGCUAAACUAGCAGAGCUUCAAAUUCAUGCUUCUCCGAGGCUGCAUUAAUUUGCUUGUCAUGCAUUGUCAGGCCUGAGCCUGAAAUCAACACGCAUUGUUAGCUCAACUGCAGAGGUCAAAUCCUUAUAUGUGAUUCUUGACUGGAAAAAAAAUGGAGGAAUUUCCAGUGCAUAGAGAUGAGAGAAAAGACUUGGUGAGUACACUUCUGGACUUGUAACUGCUUGUUUUGAAUGCAUCUCAGAUGCUGACAAGAUGAUGUAAUGAUGGACUGUGUCAGCAACAGAUUGUAAUCCUAUGUAUAAGCAUCAACAUGAUAAAUAGUUUCUAAUUUACGUUUCAGACUCAAA